UGCAGUCAUGAAAAUAACACUGCUAGGAUUUUGUUUGCUGUGUUGCUAAUGAUGUUUGGAUGUCCACAAUGUUGCCUGCCUGGAAGGGCGGGGUUAGGUUUUUGUUUUGUUUUCAAAAUUUAAACCAAAGAAGGAUGUAAAGCUUCUAGUGAGAAAUAAACAACAGUAAUUUGGAGUAAGAUAAUGGCCAAAAAUCUUUAGUUUUAACAUGUCUAUAUAGAGAUAUAUUUUAUAUGAUACUAACUAAAGUAUCAUCUAAAUAAUGGAGAGAAGAGUAUAAUGAAAUUAUAAGCAAAAAAAAUUCAGCAGCUUUGAGAUGAAGAAUGCUAUGAAAUAAGGCCAUGGUAAAUUAGCAUAGUCCUUCUUGCAGUCUUUGCCUUAGUUUCUAGUCUGACAGGAGGAUAUUAGCUGCUGAUAAAAUCAGGGUAGGAAAGCAACACUUCCAUUAAAAUGUUAAGAUUUUGGAUCUUGAAACAGACCUUUCUUUUCUCUCUCUCUCCAGCAUCAAGAAAAUGAUCCAUAUCUCAUCUUGCUUGAAAACCAUUCAGCCAGCUGUAAUUAUCUGUUAGUCACCAUUCUGGAGAUAUGGCUAAUUACUUUUAAUUAAAAUAUUUUGAUACAGCUCUGCUAUCUCUGUUGGGAAUUGUUUUAAACUUAUUAUAUGCUUACCAACAAUUUUCUGUAAUAUGGCUUAGGGAGGAGGAAUUUGCACUGCACUGUUCAAUAGCAACAGGUCUUAAGAGUAUUAAGGAUGAAAUUCUCAAGAGUCUUUAUGUCAUGGAUGGAAAUGGAAUCAUUACUGUAUUUUUGAACUCCUGCUAACGUCAUUGACACCCACCUACAGUCCACUAGAAAUAUAAGUGCAGAGAUCAGUUUGUUCACAGAUUACAAGGAGACUAACCAAGAAGGGGCAAGCCAGAGCCAAAUUCACUGAUAGUCUGUUCAUCUCUUCAACAUGUGGAAGGUGGUACUCCUGGGUCUAUAUACAGUAUUGGCUGUGAGAGGAUUGGCAAAGGGUGCUCCUUUCCAACCAGAAGAAAAAUGGAAACCUCUAGAUAACCCUAGAAACAGAGACCUGUUUUUCAGAAUGCUCCAGGCUUAUUUUUCGGGCAGGGGUCUUGAUCUCAGAAAGUUCCCAGCUACUUUCACUAUGAACAAUGAAGGACCAAGGCCUGUUGUGUUCUACUCAGAUCCUAUUGCUUCUGCAUUUGCAGAUUAUGAAGAAAGGAAAAAUUCUUUUCCAAAUUAUUUUAAAGGCUGAAAGAUGCUGCUGACCAAGGCAUUAAAUUUUGAACUUCAUGCGAAGUGGUAACCUUCACAGCAAAAUAUUAGUGCUUUGACUUUUUAACAGUUAC